AUGGCUCCAAAUCUGGCUGACAAGGACGUUGGAGACGCAGAAAUCGCCUGCCUGAUUUGUCGGUCUCGAAAAGUCCGCUGCGACAAGGCCCUGCCCAGCUGUCGGAAUUGCGCACGCCUCGGCGUGACUUGCCCCGGAUACGACUCGGCCAGCAAGUACAUGUCGCAAAAGGACAUCACCACGUCCCUGGAGAAGAUAUUCAGAGAAGCCGGCGUGGAGAAGCGCCGGAUAGGAUCAUGCCGCGCGUGUCGCGGCUCCAAGCACCGGUGCUCGAGAGACCAGCCCCGGUGCGAGCGAUGCGUCUCCCGAAACAUCAAGUGCGUCUACCCGUCCAAGAGGAGCUCGAGAGAGCGCUCUUGGGGCUCGAAAGAGGCGCCCCGCAGACUGGGCUCUUGCCCGUCCCCGGUGCCCAGCCCCGGGCCCGCCAUCGACAGCUGCGCGGGGGACGACGCGCCCUACACGCAUGUCGCCGUCGACAGCCACCCGACGUCGCCGUUCGCAGCCCUCGCCGGCCACGCUGCGUUCCCGGCGGCUUCCGCGCCCUCGGGCAGCUUGUCCCCCGGCCCGAGAGCCCAGCUGGCCUGGUUCGCGCCCGCCUACGCCAUCGGCAUCCCCAUCGGCGUCCCCGUCGCUGGCGCUCCCGCAGGCGGCGUCUUUGACGAGCCACCCCCGGUGUUUGCGUCGGAAAUGGCGGGUUUGCACGCGCGCGCUGGGCCCUUGGCGCCGGCGCCGGCGGAGAUUUUCGGGGCGGCGGGCUAUGCCGGGUUGAUGAAGGACUUGGGCUGCGUGGGCGCGAGCGGUGCGCAUGCGCCAUGCUGGGCGCGCAACUAG